AUGGCCGCGCGGCGAGGAAGGUCGAGGCGGCCCCUGCGUGACCCGGAAGUCCCGCCCCCGCCUCGCCCCGGAAGUGCAUCCCGCGGCCCGGGAGGCGGGGCCGGAGCCUGCAGCAAAGCUGCUUCUUUUUCGUCGAGGCCAACUUCGGCCCAGAUACUUUGGACUUUUCGAGUCGACCUUGUGGGUGCCCCUGGGGACCACGUGGGGCGCGGCUGGAAGGAGCCGCAGUGCCCCGGAGUCCCCCAGCUGUCACAGGCGGUUCUUUGCAAGGACGCGGCUGGGCGAAGUGGGGAGCAGGAUGGGGUGACCAAGGCGCUCGCUGCGAGGCUCCGGCAGUUAGAUCUGAAGCCACAGGUUACCCUGCACCCCAGCACAGGGCUUUUGCACUAUGUGUCUAGCCCGCACGUCUCCAAACCCUUCUUCCAGGCUUCUGCGCCAGAAAAGCCACAAACUACAAUUCCCAAAAAGCAUCAGGCCCGAAGGGGCGUUGCCAAAGGCGCGUGGGCGUGGCCUUCGAGGCUACUUAGCGCUUCUCCGGCUCCGGGAGAGGUGGCGGGAAGCAGCUACGAUGGAGGCGCGGGAAAAGGAGGCGCAGACCCGGACUCGAGCGCCCUUGGCGCGCUGUAUCUGUAUCUCUCUCUUGCUUUCUUCUCCUAUGCUCGUCCUUCUCUGGUCUCGCCUGUACCCUCUACUACUCAACUUGCGCCUAGACUCCGGCAAGGGCGUUUCCAGGCCUUCGUGGGCCUGCCCAGGCUUGGGGUGACUGACCAGAGUGGGCCCCUGAACACAGACCCGCAAGAUCACAGCCUCGCUGGUCGCCGUUGCUUCUUACUAGGAUUUGCACAGCUGACCUGCUUCCUAGCCCCGCUUUGGAGCUCUCUCGGGGUGGCUGCAUGGUUAAAAAGGGUAUUUGGAGAUCAUCCUGUUCCAAAAUAUGAGAUGAAUCCACGGACCACAGAGAUUUUAUAUCAUCUUUCAGAACGCAAUAAGGUCCGGGAUAGAGAUGUCAGUUUGGUAAUAGAAGACUUGAAGCAGAAAACUCAUGAAUAUGAAUCAGAAGCCAAGCGUCUUCAAAACUUUCUUUUGGAGAGUGUUGACCUUUCCCCCGCCAGCCUAUCAAGCACUGGUUCCAAGUACCUGAAUGCUUUAGUUGACAGUGCAUUGACCCUGGAAACAAAGGAUACUUCACUAACAAGUUUUAUCCCUGCAGUAAAUGAUUUGACCUCUAAGCUUUUUGCUACCAGUAACAAAAAUGAAGAACUCAAGUUUGAAUUGAGAAAAGUUGAAAAGAAUCUAACUGCAGCUUUGGUGUUAGAAAAAUCUCUAAGAGAGGAUCUCAAGAAGGCAGAGCUGCAUCUAUCAACAGAAAAGGCCAAAGUUGACCAUCGUCUUCAGAACUUGGACUUCCUAAAGGCCAAGUCAGAGGAGUUCAGAUCUGGAAUCAGAACUGCAGAGGAGCAACUUUCAGCCAGAGGCAUGGACUCAUCUUUGUCUCAUCAGUCAUUAGUAGCACUUUCAGAGAAAUUGGCAGAACUGAAACAACAGACGAUACCCUUGAAGAAAAAAUUGGAGUCCUAUUUAGAGUUAACACCGAAUCCAUCUCUCGCAAAAGUGAAAAUUGAAGAAGCCAGGCGAGAACUAAAUGCCAUCGAAGAUGAACUGACAAAGAAAGUAGACAUGUUGGAACUGUGACCAUCCCAGUAACUCACCCCCACCCAGAUCCAUGGGCUCAGACGUUCGAGAUUGGUUCCUCUGAUUGGCCUAACUGGGUCCUCAGAGGAGAUUAUCAUUAUGGACAAUAGUGACUUCUUGCUGUAUAUUAUUGCAUUUGUGCACAAAUACAUAGUUU